CUGGGACUGAACGUUCCCGCGCUGAUCAGCUACCUGAUCAACUACAUCGUUCUGCUGGUCCUGUUGGGAGUGCUGGCCUACCGCCCGCUGCUCAACGCCUUGGACAGUCGUGUCGACAGCAUCCGGGAGAGUCUGGCCGCUGCCGACCGCGCCCGCGACGAAGCGGCGACCUCCCGCUCCGCCAUCGAGGAGGAGCUCAACGAGGCUCGACGUGAGGGUCAGCGCCUGCUGGAUCAGGCGCGCGAGGCUGCCGAACGUUUCCGCGAAGAGGAAAUGGGACGCGCCCGCCAGGCGGCUGAGGAAUUUUCCGAGCGCGCCCGCGCCGACAUCGGCCGGGAGCGCGACGCGGCCAUCAGCGAAGUUCGGGCCGCAUUCGGCGACCUGGCAAUAUCCGCCGCCGAGCGUAUCAUUCGACGCAGCGUGGACCGCCAGGCGCACCAGGAAUUGAUCGACCAGGUCCUGGCCGAAGGCGAGCAGGCGCUCCGUCGCAACUGA